AUGUCUGACACGUCCAGAGAGCAAACGCUGGCCAAUGGCCCGGCCUCGCAGGGAAGCGGAGAGAGCACCGGUGGCGGAGUGGUGUUGCCCGCCGGGCACUUUGAUUUCCCUCAGCCGGGCGAAGGGGACCCGUUAAGGGGAGGGAUAUCCAUGUCGAAUAACCAGUCGAGGUCACCGAUGAACCGGACUUUCUCCAGGUCCUCUAGUGGCUAUUUUUCCGUCGACAGCGAUUCUGUGCCAGGUUCCCCUCUAAUGCCCAAUAUUUCCGAAGCGCAAGACGGACAAAAUGAUGAGGUAUGGUUAUCAGAACAUAGCCACCAGCACUUGCAGAUGGCAGCACCAGUCGCAGCCCUGCCGCCGGAGAUGGUGGUCGCUCGUGAACUGCGACGCAUAGGCGAUGAGUUCAAUCGCCUCUACUGUGAGGCCGGAGCAGGAGUGAACCAGCUGCAUGCUCCCAACGAACACGCCAUCGUCCUGUGGAUGAACGACAUUAUCGGACGCCUAGUACACUUUUUCCUGCGAAGAAGAUGA